AUGAGCAUAGAUGAACUGGAUAUUGGCGUUACAAAGGCCGCACCAUCGUUGCUUGCCGAUAUCAAGCGGCUGCUAGGAGAACUGGAGAAUCUAGGGGUUGAUGAGAGCUCCGUCAAAUUGUCUGAAAAGCUGCGUGCUUCUUUGGAUCCGUUCCAGGAAGCUCCCCAAUUGCUUGAUCCCUUGCUUGAAAAUGUGGUUUCACGAUUGGCUGAUGCGAUUCUCGAUAUAAUUACUGCUGAUGAUUCAAGAACGGUGAAUGAAUGGCCAUUUGAAAUUCUAUAUACACUUUGCAAGGUCAGAGGGUACAAAACGGUGUGUCAAUUUCUGCCACCCCAGGUCACCCUUCUUGAAGAUGUCGUAUCUGCACUUGAUGAGGAUGAACCAAUGGGAAAUGGUGCCAAAAAUGAACAAGAUGUUGUGAAACAACAGGAUCAGAGUCAGAUUUCUGGUAUAGAGGAGUCGGGUCCUGCCAAGUUCCGUCCGGUAACCUGGCAGCAGAGGUACAGUCUGCUGUUAUGGUUAUCAAUUCUUGUGCUGGCACCAUUUGAUCUCGAUACUUUCGGACCAGAAAUUCAGACUAAGCUUUAUACUGUGGCCAAGAAAUAUAUUUCAGUGCCGGGGAAAGAACGAGAUGCUGCUAUUCUGGUCAUGUCGCGUCUGGUGACCCGGUCCGAUACUAUAGAUGUCCUGUUACCUCUAUUGUUCGGGGACAUUUCUGAAAUAUUCGACUUGCGGCCCUCUAAUGAUGAGAAUAAUGGCAACUCAUCUAUAACGACGGACUAUGUGUCUAAUGCUGCCUUUUUCGGAAGGCUUGGGGCUCUUCAGACUACCGCUAUGGUGUUUCAGCUUGUUCCUCAUAACAAACACAUAAGCGACCAACUAAGUUCGCUGUAUGAUACAUUUCUGCAGAAAAUACUUUUAAAUGAGACGGAAGCUAAAGGUGCAAUGGGCGCAAGCACCUUUGAUAAGUUGAAAGUCAAGAACCUUGGGAGGAUAGCCAUAUUGCUACUCUCACAGGUAGAGAGUGGUAAGGCCGGCACUAGAGAAGAUCAUUAUUUUGAUUACAUAGAAGAGAUUAUCGGUGAGCUGCUGAAAUUCUUAUCCAAUAAGGAUACUCUAGUGAGAUAUAGCACCUCGAAGGCCAUUUCUCGCAUUGUUCAGAGACUCCCGUCGGAAGAUUUCAAACUUGACGUCAUUGAUGCUGUAUUAUCCACUAUGGAUAAUGGUUCCGACAAUAUGGUACCAUCUGUUUCAUUUCGAUCAUUAUCGGCUUUCUUUGAUCAGAAAUCACCCUCUUCAUGGCAUGGUGCGCUACUUUGUAUAGCCGAAAUGCUAAGAAGGAAUCUUCUCGUCCCUAGAUUGCAUUUUACGAGACUUACAAAGAUACUAAACCUCUCUCUUCGUUUUGAACAACAGAAGCUGACAUAUUCAUUGGGUGACAAUGUUAGAGACGCUAGCUGUUACGCAUGCUGGUCAUUAUUUAGAGUCUAUCAGAAUAUUGAUAAUUCUGUGAUAGAUGCCCUUUUCCGUGAUUUGGUGAAUCUUGCAUGUUAUGAUCCCGAAGUCAAUAUUCGUAGAGCUGCCUCUGCUGCUUUACAGGAAGGUGUUGGUCGACAAGGAGGGUGUAAUGGUUCGGUGGAGAAACAGGUCGGACUAGUGCAAACUAUAGAAUAUUUCAAAAUAGGAUUACGGUCCAGAUCAUAUCUAGAAGUAGUACUUCAAAUCUACGACCUCGGUUUCAGUUCGGUAGUUGAUUAUGCUUUGGAGAGAACUGUUUGUAACUGGGACCCGGCGAUUCGGCGACUCAGUGCAGUGUCAUUAAGAUUAUUGGCAGAAAAUAGCAUGUAUUCGGAUAGAAAUGGUGUCGAUUCUGGACAUAACAUUGUGUCAGACACGAUAAUCAAGGCACUGUUGGAGAUGUAUGAUGAUAGGGAUAUUGAUAUUAGACAUGGCGUGGUCUACACUUUAGGGGAAGUACUUGGAAGUGAAAAACAUCUGUCAGACAUCAAUAGUGUUGUAGACAGCAACCAAAUAACGAAUAUCUUACAUGGAUUUUCAGAAUCCGAUCUGAGGCAAGAUAAUGAAGUUCUUAAUAGUGAUGCCUUUCUACAUCUCGCCAAGUGUUUUGUUCAACACAAUGUAAAAGGAUACGAUGAACAGGAUAUGAUUAACAAGCUCACUAUAUGUAUGGAGCUGAAUGAUAAGAAUGUAGCUAAUGGUGUUAGUGAAAUCAUGAAAUGUUUUCAAAACACAAAUCACACUGUAAAUGCCAUUACACCAGCAGUACUUGACAAAUGGAUCCAGAGAAUGAUGGCUGGUAAAAGUACAUUUGCACUGGCCCUCGGUCUGGUGAGUAAUCUACCUACAGGAGAAUUGCAGAAAGUGCUGGAUGCCCUUGUUAGUGUCAUUAAAGGGAAUAGCAAUGUGGUUGUGAAAGAUCUAUCCACUAGAGCGCAAGCAGUCCACAGUCUAGGUGAGCUAUUUAUCGCUCUGGACUCAGAAGACCGUUUGGAUUUCCUUGUGGAUAAUUAUUUUGAUGCUUUAGUAUUUGCGCUGAACGACUAUACUGUCGAUUCCAGGGGUGAUGUUGGUUCCUGGGUACGUGGAGCUGCUAUACAAGAAAGCACAAAACUAUAUAGCAGCCAACGGGCAACUGAAGCGUUUCGAAAUGCGGUUGUCAGACGAUUAUUGGGAAUGAGCGUUGAGAUACUGCUCAAAUUGAGAGUAUGUGCAGUCGAGCAUCUGAAACAAUUACCUCUUUCGAUGCCACAGCUCAAACAUAUCGUAGACACCAUCUCAGGAGAGUAUGAACGUUCAGCAAAGGUCCUAUACUCACAUAUGACACAGAUCUUUGCUCUUGAGCUCGAUCCAGCCUCGUCUACUGAGUUUAUGAUUAGUUAUAUUAGUGCUGCUGGUGCCCAACAUGUGAGUGAAGACACACUUCGAGGGUCCUUAGGGGCACUUGUAAACUACCUUCGAAAACUGUCUCCUGAGGGGAUUCAACUCUUCCUAACUCAGUUAUCUGACAUCAUCGAUGUGAAGCGAUAUGGAUCACAGACCGUCAUUUGUGCCUUGAGAGUACUAGCUCAUAUUCUCAAUAGCGGACUGCUUCUCAGUCUGUACGCCAAAGACAACAAGCAGGAAGUGAUUAAAAGGCUGUACAUUCGGACCUUUAACGCUCACAUCAACACCAAGCAGCUGCCCCGUAUUUCCGCUGCAAUAGAGGUAUUCUCUGGACUUGCCCGCUUGGGUCAUCAUGAGUCGACGCGACGUCUCGCUGUGCUAUGUAACCACAUCUUCCCACUAGUCAGAGUUGGUGCUGCCGAAAGUCUUCGAGAAGUGCUCGUAACCCUACUAGAAGACGAUACUGGCGAACUCGAUGAAGACUCCAUUGCCGAGUCCAUCGAUAUUCUAGAAGAAGCCGAAUGGUAA